UUUUCUCAGGCAUUAACCGCCAUUUUAGAGAGAGAGAGAGAGAGAGAGAGAGAGAAUUCAGUGGGUGGGGGGAAGAGAGAGAAUGGAAGAGUGCGAUGAGCUGACGAUGACAGAUGUAGCUACUAUGCCCCCAACAACAAACCCUAGUCCCAAUCUUACAAGGAACAGUCCAUCGAGAACCAGAGAGGAAGGCGAGCUCUCUUCGUCUGAAGACGACUUCAGCGGUACUACCGCUGCCAAAGAGGAGCCCGUUCCAGUUGAAGGCAACAAGGCAGGAAGAUGCAAUUCCACAGGCAAUCCUAAAAGCAUUGGUCAUAUACCUUCCAAACCUUCUGUACAUCCAAACAGUGAAAAGAUCACUGAGAAGAAUCGGGCAACAUUUGUGCCAUUUGUGAUAAGCUUCUCAGACGAUGACAGUGGCAGUGAGUCUGGAGAGUUCAGACAAUCAAAAGUCUCAGAAGCUAAAGGCAGUGCACAAGGAGUGGAUGGGAAUCGAAGACCACCUUCUUCUUCCAUGCUUAAAUCACAAAUGGUACACCAAACACCAAAAAAUGAAGGCAGUUCGAUGCCCAAAAAAGCAGCUUUGAGCCUCACAUUUGUCUCAUCAAUGACCAAAAUCAAUGGACCCAGGAAUGGCGGACGCUCAUUGGUUGAGCAAAGAUCUCAUGUUAGAAAUUUUAAUACCCUCAACAAAAAGUUAGCUGCCCAGGAAAAUGGAGGUAACCACAAUAUUCAUUUGAACACUAGUAAACUACAAGACCUUCGUCAGCAAAUUGCAAUAAGGGAAAAGGAAAUAAAGCUCAAGUCUGCACAACAAAGUAAGGAAACAGUUUCUGGUUCCUCGAGGGACUAUAACGUUACAGACCUAGGCUAUGAGGCAUCCAAGAAAUGCAGAGUAGCUUCUGCCAUACCAUUUGAAAACAGAGAUCCAGACAAGAAGCGCCAAAAACUUAGUGAACCAAAUCCAAGUCAGCUAAUUUCAGAUGUCUUGCAACAACAGCCCCAUGUGCAGUCAGACGUGCUAUCAGAAAAACGUGUGGCGGAGAAUGCUGGUCAGCAUGGCAUUAAUGAGCAUUGCCAUCGAGACGAAGGGACUUCUCUGGGCACAAUGCUUAGUGGAGAAGCUAAACAGAGAAUGCAAGGUGUUACUCAUUGCCCUCUUUCUUCUGGCGAGCGAUCUACUGAUGUGAAAGGUGCUGAUGUCAUCAUUAAUGGCAGUCACUGUGACCAGAAUACUAAGCUGGUGGAUCCUUCUAUUUCACUAAAGCAAACCGGAAUGAUAGGAAAUGACAUUGCCAAGACUUUCUCAAAGAAAUCAUUACAGAGCACCAUGGAUUUGAAGCAUUCUAGCGAGCUUAAUUGUCAUCUUUCACGAAUCUCAGACAAAGCAAACUGUGGAGGCAAUCUAAUAGGAGAGGGCGAGCUUCAUGAAAUUAGAUCUGCUGAGAAGGCAUUUAGGCCUUCGUCAAACAAUAAGCAGCAGGCAUCCUCUCUUUGUGUUCCAGCUGGCAACGUAGAGACCUCGGAUGUACCACUCGGCAAUACAAGCGCCUAUGGGUGUUUAGGUACAUUAAGCAUCUCUCAGGGCGAUGACAUGGAUAUGCAGUCAUUACUCGACGUUGAAGAAUUGCAUGACAAGGAGCUGGAGGAGGCACAAGAGCAUCGCCACAAGUGUGAAAUUGAAGAAAGAAAUGCUCUUAAAGCUUAUCGUAAUGCCCAAAGGGCUUUGGUCGAGGCUAAUGCUAGAUGCUCCUAUCUCUAUCGUAAAAGAGAACUCUACUCCUCCCACUUCCGAUCUCUAAUGUUAGAGGAUCCUAGUUUGUUUCAGUCCUCCAAUCUGCAUAAUCGUGGUUGGACUGGGCUGGAUUUCUCAAAUGGCAUGUUGGAAGAUCACAUCCAUCAAUUGCCCACAUCCAAUCAUCGAAUGCAGGCUGAAUUCAAUGAUUAUAAUCAACAAGGUCAUCCGUCAAAUGUGAAAACUGCUGAUGGUUCUCUUCAAAUUGUGUCAGAUCAGUAUAAUAUGGGGCAACAUUUGGCUUCCGAUCCUAGCAGCGAGCCUGAUUCUAGUACAUCAGAGCCACAUGAACAUGAAAGGAUGGCAGAUGGAGUCUGCUCUCCGUCCAGUGAUUUAAAUGAAUCAGCCGAUGAAGAAGAUGAAAAGACAUUUCGAUUGAACCACAAAUCUCUUCACUCUGGCCUCAAUUCUCAGGGAAAGGAGGAAAGUGAUGGACAAUGGGCAAAGCACGGAAAUAAUGAAGCGAAAAGAAAGUUUCCUCAUGAUAGCUCUCAAGAUUCUUUACUUCUUGAAGAAACCUUAAGGUCUCAAUUGUUUGCAAGGCUAGGAACAAAAGCAUUGUCAAAAAAGAGGGGACCAGCUCAUAACACUAAACCUGCUGUUGUAUCUGGUGUUGAACAUGGUGGUGCUGCAGAGCAAGCUGAGAUGAACUCUGAGGAUGUACCAUUUCCAGUGGUAGAGAAAAGUCAGCAAUCUGGCUAUGGAGGUGCUCACGGGGAGGAAAAGAUUAUAUCCGAGCUUUCUAUUCAGAUGAACAUGGGCUAUGUUGAGAACUUUUCUUCUAAUUAUGCAUCUCCUGCUGCUGAUCCUUUGGACAGCUAUUUCUCCACAGAAGGUGACCAAUCAUCAAGAUCUGUUACCUUUUCAUGUCCCAUUUUAAGGAGUACAUAUGGUCACCUGAAGGUCACAGGGCAAAUCCGUUUAGUUGGUUUACAGUGUCAACGGAUUGGAAAUUAUGAUAUUUCAAAUGAAGAGAGCAACAGUGUGGGCUCUACUGAAAUCACGUCAAGCAUUUUGAGUUCAAGCUCCGGAAAAGUUGGCUGUUACACCUCCACUUUAGCAAUCGAUCCAUUUUGGCCGCUUUGCAUGUUCGAUCUCCGAGGAAAAUGCAACAAUGAUGAAUGUCCAUGGCAACAUGUAAAGGAUUUCUCUUGCGAACUUGAGAAUUCUGAUAAUGCCGAUUGUCAGGUUGGAUCAUCAAACCACAGAGGAAAACUUCAUGGCUCAGCAAAUACUUCCAAGGGCAAUGAUUGUCAAGAUUUGGCACCACCAGCUUAUCUAGUGUGCUUAGAGAUGCUGAAAGGUGAUUUUCAUACCUAUGGAUCUGUUCUUGCACAAAGUGGUGGACAGUGCUGGAAAAAGUGUUUCAGCUCAUCCAUGGUUCUUUCAAGUUUGCUUCCUCCUGAUUCCCCUACAAACGAACCAUUCUUGCAUGGAACUGAAGCUCGUAUUGAGGUCCAUAGGAGUUGGAAUGGUCAAUCGCUUUUUCAUAGUAUAAAUGGCGCAAUGAAUCAAGUCGAUCAAUGUUUUGCUGAUAAUGAAAAAUCACUGGAAACGGCUCUUCUGAUUCUCAACCAGGAGGUUAAUAAGAGAAAGGGUAGGACAGAGGCUCUUAUAGUGCUUGCUCGAGCUCUUGAAGUCAAUCCAUCUUGCGUUGUUCUAUGGGUUGUUUAUUUGCAUGUUUACUAUAGCACUGAGACGUCAAUUGGAAAGGAUGACAUGUUUCUUUUUGCGGUUGAACAGAAUGAAGGAUCUUAUGAACUUUGGCUUCUGUACAUUAAUAGUAGAGUACAACAUGAGGAUCGGUUGGUUGCAUAUGAUACUGCACUCUUGGCUCUCUGCCGCUGUGCAUCUACCACUGAAAGUGAUGCAAUUCAUGCAAGUGCAGUCAUCUUGGACCUUUUUUUGCAGUUGGUGAAUUUUUUGUGCAUUUCUGGAAAUGUUGGCAAGGCCAUUGAGAAAAUCUGUGGACUUUUUUCUUGUACAAAGAAUUCAGAAGACUCCCAUCCUCUUUUGCUUUCUAACAUCCUUCCAUUCCUGACCCUUUAUGACAAGUGUAUUUUCUGGCUCUGUUGUGUGUACUUCAUAGUGUACAGGAAACUGCCUGAUGUUAUAGUCCAGCAGUUAGAAUGUGAGAAGGAACUUUUUGAGAUAGAGUGGCCUUCUGUUCAUUUGACAGUUGAAGAAAAGCAACAAGCAGUUACUCUGUCGGAGAUGGCAGUAGAUUCUCUAGCUCUGUGUAUAGACAACCAAUCUCUUGAAAGUGGUAGUACACUUAAGGCAGCACACAUGUUUGCUGUAAACCACAUUAGGUGUAUAGCUGUGCUUGAAGGGUUAGAAUGUAGUAGGAACUUAAUGGACAAAUACACCAAACUGUACCCUUCAUGCUUAGAACUUGUUCUAAUGUCAGGGCGGACCUGGGAAGGUAAUUUUGGGGAUUUGAGUUUUGCUGGGUUUGAAGAGGCUCUUAGUAACUGGCCGGAAGAAGUACCAGGAGUUCAGUGUAUUUGGAACCAGUAUGCUGAAUUUGCCCUCCAGAAUCAUAAAUUUAAAUUUGCGAGAGAACUAAUGAGCAGAUGGUUUCAUUCUGUUUGGCAGUUGCAAAAUUCUCCAUAUGAAGUAGAUUCCAUGGGAGGAGAGAACUCCCUUGGCUCUUUAGUUUCAGCUUCAGCACUUGAUAUUGACGCUUGGAUUUGUAAUUCUAGUGGGAGAGAUGUGGUGUUUGGCCUGCUUAAUCUCUCCCUCCACAAGCUAUUCCAGAAUGAGCCCAUCGAAGCUCGCUUAGCCAUCGACAGGGCAUUGAAGGUCGUGUCUACUGAGGAUUACAAGCACUGUGUUAAAGAGCAUGCCUUAUUUUUGCUUGCAAAAGGUUCCCAAUUAAAGGAAGAAAUUCCAAGCGGUGAAUUAUCAAAUAUCCUGAAAAGUUAUGUGAUUGACGUCCGGACGUCUUUCACCACCGCUAAACCACUGACUAGAGAGUUCAUUGAGAACAUAAGGAAGCCAAGAGUCCGGCAGCUUGUUAGCAAUAUAUGGAGUCCCAUGUCAUCCAAUAUCUCUCUUGUGAACUUGGUUCUUGAGGUUUGGAAUGGCCCAUCUCUCUUACCGAACACAUUUUCCAAACUGAAGGAUAUGGUGGAUUUUGUCGAAGCAGUUAUGGAAAUUCUCCCAUCCAACUAUCAGCUAGCAAUCUCUGUUUGCAAGCUGUUGAGUGAACGAUCUGAUGCUGCUGACAUGUCAUCUUCUAGUGUUUCCUUCUGGGGAAGCUCACUCUUAGCCAAUGCACUUUUUCGGGCGGUUCCGGUGGCAGCAGAAUAUGUAUGGGUCGAAGCGGCUGCUGUUUUGCGGAAUCUGACAGAGAUUCAGUCCAUUUCUGAGAGUUUCCAUCGGAGGGCUUUGUCUCUUUAUCCCUUUUCCGUCAACUUGUGGAAAUCCUAUCUUGAUUUAUCGCUGGUUUCAGGAAAUUCAACUUCGGUAAUGGAAGCAGCUAGAGAAAGAGGAAUCAAACUCGAAUUGACAUUAUAAGGAUAUGAAGAAGGCUUAGGUAGCAUUCAAAGUGCUCCACAGAAACUUUGGGCGACUUUUUUGGCGGAAGCUCAAUUACCAGAAGUUAAGAAUUCAAUUGUAAAUCUCUGUGAAUGUGGAUUUUGAGUGUAUAGACUUCUAAGUUUUUGAUACUACCAUUAUAGGAACCAGAAUACUGAUACUGUGUAGGAAGAUAUAGGUUAGGUUUUGUAGGUUGUUGCCAAUUCUUAGAUGUUUUGGUGAUGGAUUUUGGAAACUGAGUAGGUUACUGCUACUGAUGUUUUUACGGAGACUGUCAGAUAUAUUUUGAGAAUGGGAUGAAGAGUUGUUUCA